CCGAGGACCCGGGCGCGAUGGAGCGGAAGAGGUGGGAGUGCCCGGCGCUCCCGCAGGGCUGGGAAAGGGAAGAAGUGCCCAGAAGGUCGGGGCUGUCGGCCGGCCACAGGGAUGUCUUUUACUAUAGCCCAAGCGGGAAGAAGUUCCGAAGCAAGCCUCAGCUGGCACGCUACCUGGGCGGCUCCAUGGACUUGAGCACCUUUGACUUCCGCACGGGCAAGAUGCUAAUGAGCAAGGUGAACAAGGGCCGGCAGCGGGUGCGCUACGACUCCCCAAGCCAGGUCAAGGGCAAGCCUGACCUGAACACAGCCCUCCCAGUCAGGCAAACAGCAUCCAUCUUCAAGCAGCCAGUGACCAAGAUCACCAACCACCCCAGCAACAAGGUGAAGAGCGACCCCCAGAAGGCUGUGGAACAGCCCCGGCAGCUUUUCUGGGAGAAGAAGCUGAGCGGCCUGAAUGCCUUUGACAUCGCGGAGGAGCUGGUGAAGACCAUGGACCUCCCCAAGGGUCUGCAAGGAGUGGGUCCCGGCUGCACAGAUGAGACACUGUUGUCGGCCAUCGCCAGUGCCCUGCACACCAGCACCACGCCCAUCACCGGGCAGCUCUCGGCUGCUGUGGAGAAGAACCCUGGGGUGUGGCUCAACACGGCCCAGCCGCUCUGCAAGGCCUUUAUGGUGACUGAUGAGGACAUCAGGAAGCAAGAAGAGCUGGUGCAGCAAGUCCGCAAGCGGCUGGAGGAGGCGCUGAUGGCCGACAUGCUGGCCCACGUGGAGGAGCUGGCCCGGGACGGUGAGGCACCGUUGGACAGGGCGGGCGCUGAUGAGGAGGAAGACGAGGACGAGGAGGAGGAGGAGCCCGACCAGGACCCAGAAAUGGAGCACGUCUAGAGCAGGUGCCACCAGGCUUGGCCUUUUGUGCCUGCGGCGGCAGCUCUGGACUGGCCAGGCACUCACGCCACUCAAUCUGUUUCUGCAGGGGCCCCACCUGCCAGCCUGCCCGCAUGGGGCCACCUCAGACUCGGCCCUCACCCUGCCCUGGUGUGCCCCCUCCCCUGGGCCACAGGAGCUCGGCUGAAGGACAGCCCCUCGCCUGACGGACCCCCCACAUCUGCUUCUCUGAAGUGCCUGGCCCGUCCGCAGGAGGCCCCUGCUCAGGUGGUUGCUCCACACCGCACUCAGGCCAACCUGGUCCCCACGGCCACUGCCCUGAGCUCCUCACACAGGACAACUGCCACCAGGCUGUCUGCGAGGGUUCCUAGGACUGGAGAAACCUAUGUGGAACAGUCUCGCCUCUGACUUGUGCUCGUGAGGGGUGAUGUCCCAGACUACAUGUCAGCGCUCCCAGAGGCAGUACAGGAUGGCUCCCCAGGCCCACCAGCCGGGCAGCGCACCCACAAUAAACUCACCGUCCCCCGGGGGCCAAACAUCUCCGUUGCUGCGAACCUUGUGUUGGCCGCACACAGACGGGAACUCGGGCCUCAGCGCCUGAAGACCUCGCUGUCUCCGACCUGGCCUAGCCUGACGGAGAACUAACUGCUCACAGCCAGACUCGGGCCAGGCUCCAGGCUAGUGCCACCCUCGGGCCUGGGUCUCAUCAGGUGCAUCUCCGGCUAGCUUGGGCAGCGGCCUCCGCAGAACAAGGUGAACAGAGUCGUGUUGCCCCAGUCCGAGCAGGCCAAGGGCCUGGGCGAAGGGAGACCCUGCUACCUGAGUGGAUCCCAGCCAGCACCCUCGCUGCAGCCCAUCCAUCAGCAUGGAGGCUUGAGCCAUGGCCAGUGUGGCCUGUGAACACCAGACCUGUCCCAUGCCUGCCGUACUUGUGGCCAUGACUGUCAGGAGAGGCCCGGGUCACUGCCUCGUUUGGACUCGUCCGGACUCCCUGGGCUGUUGGUGGCCUGCUGGCGGGGUGGUAGUGGCCUUGGGAACCUCCGGGGGCUGGGUCACACUGCUGGCUCCCUCUUGAGGACACCAGCCCAGGAGGCUGGCUGACCCUGUCCUCCCAAGUUCAGUCAAAGCACAAAGCCUUGAAGACUGGGCACUGCCCCGUGAAGGCUGCAGCACCACUUGCCCAGGUAGCCACCGGCCCCAGGAAAGGCCCUCCGCUGCAGCCCUGAGGGGAGCCAGGAGGCUGUGGGAGGCUUCUGUGGGUGGUGUCGAAUAAAGCGUGUCAGGCAAG